AUGGCACGGGCUAGGGAAGAAGCAGGGGACAGGUGGCUGGUGUCUGGUCGGGAGCCAUCAUCACACAUCAUCAGAGUGUCUGUCAAGACACCACAAGACUGCCAGGAAUUUAUGCUGGCAGAAAAUAGCAGCAUCCGCCACUUUAAGAAACAGAUCUCCAAACGCCUUCACUGUGACACUGACAGACUGGUGCUCAUCUUCUCCGGAAAGAUCCUUCAGGAUCAAGACAUACUGAGCCGGCGAGGCAUCCUUGAUGGCACUACGGUCCACCUGGUGGUGAGGACCUGUGUGAAAGGAACACUGCCCGGUCCCAGCACUCUGCCAGGCCCUGCUGGCCACUGCACCCAUCGUUCUGAACCAUCCCUCGGAGAGGCCUAGGAUGCUAGCCAGGCGGGCCGGCUGGCCCAGCGCUCUCCUGAACUAGCUGACUUCCUUGGCCAGCUGACUCAACUCUUGUUGGCUGCCCCCGAGUCCGUGGGGGUGGGGGGAGGGGGCCAGUUCUUGGAAGACCCUGUGGUUCAAGGAAGUGAGAAAUCAGCCAAUGCCAGCCAUGUUCCUGAAUCCUCAAGACCAGUACAGAAGCCCGAGCCAGCUCUUAAGGCUCUGGAAAACUUGCAGAACCCGGCCCAGUAACAGGAGCCACUGCACGCGGACAAGCGGGAGCUGGGGCUUGAGGCAGUGCCAGGUGGUGCCGAUGCCACGCGUCCGGUCUGCUCUGAUAUCCAGCACCUCAGGCUCUCCACUCUGGCCCGUUGGGUUGCCUCCAAAGGCCACAGCCCAGGUUCAGAGCCUUGGGGGGGGGCCAAUCCCCACCGCAGUACUAACACCACCACCACAGUCCCCGCAGCCUUUGCACCUGCCAGGCCGUUGGCACAGGAAGUCAGUGCAGCAGUCGUUGUCCAGCCCAGGGGUGUGGUUUCAAACCAGGCUAAUUCAGGGUGCAGGACUGGACUGUCAGACUUACACUCAGGCCAGGGUCUUCCCUCCCAGGAGAGCCAGCAGCCCCUAGGGAAGCCGCUCCAGCCGGUCGGUUGGCUGAGACCGUCACCCUCUGCCUUGCAUAAAGCCUUACACGUCCUGCAGCAGAAUCCAGCUCUGCUCCACCAGCGGGCAACAGGCAGCCCGCUGCGACAUCAUAUGCCCCUCUUUCCCAUACUCACCAACCCAUGGGCACUGCAGGCAUUAAUACAGAUAGAAAAGGGCCUGCAGAUAUUGCCCAGGGAGGUGCCUGGGUUGGGACCUUGUUUAGGGGAUCCAGGCAGACCACAUGAGGCUAAAGGAGCUUCUGAAACUAGGGCUGGAGGACAGGGUCACAGAGCAGACCCUGUGCAACCCACCUGGGCCGUUCUUCAGCUCCUCCACGCUCUGGCCAAUGCCUGCGCCCGGUCUACCCAGUCCUCAAUGUCCUCAUCCCCCCUCACUGAAGGCCGCUACCAGCAAGAACUGGAGCAUCUGAAGGCCAUGGGUUUUGCUAAUCAUGAUGUCAAUCUUCAGGCCCUUGUGGCCACAGGUGGAGAUAUCCAUGUUGCCAUUGAGAGGCUGCUGGGAAUACCGGAGGCCUAG